UCCUCCGGUGCGUGUGCGUGUCCCGGUCGCGGUCGUUCCGUUCUGUCGUUUUGUUGCCCAGUGUCUCGACGUGCGCGUCGACAUACGCUACUCAGUCUUGCCGUCGUCGUCGUCGUCGUCAUGUGAAUACUGUUCGUCGUGCCGUGCAUUGUACCUCCGUCUUUUCACACAAUUUUUUUUCCAACCGUUUUUUUCGUUUUGCACCGGCCCACCGUCAGGGUUCAUUGUUGUCGUUACAUAUCAUAUAUUAUUGUUUUUUCCCCCCCUUUACAUUUACCGUGUGCGUUUACUGGCCCAGAAGAACUUGUGCGCGUCACCGUUGUCCGUGCACCGUGUCCCGUUCGUCGGGCGAGUAAUUUCAAUGCUGGGUGAUUCGUCGUCAUAAGGUGAUCCGAUGAUGUCGUCUAUGAAACCGGCUCCACUGCAGUUUGUCAAGCUGGCUCCGUCCGAUCUCUAUCGUUCGGCACAAGACCAGUUGAACAAAACGGCUGCAGUGGUCGUUAAGCCAAAUCCAAAAGAAUUUGAUGCCGAAUGGCAAUCGGACUUGGACAAUUGGAAAAGUAACAGGAGAAAACAACAAGAGCACAUAAUCGAGCGACUAGUUGAGGUGAAGAAAUUUGAAACGGAUAGGUUGGAUGAUGGGUUCCGGAAAAGGAGUAAAACGUUUAAUGAAAUGAUACAAGAAAGAGGCAAAAGCGGUCGUUUGAGGAGUUUGCCGGCGCUGUAUCAAGACGACGACGACGGUAACGAUCUCAGCGACUUGGGACUAAGCAGAGGCAAGAAGAACAACGCAGACGAUGAUGAUCACGAGUCAUCCCAUCAUCACCCGGCAGUGAACCACGAGGAGGAUGUGUUCUCUGGAGUCGAAGAGCCAACCGCCGCCGCCUCCUCCAUUAAAGUGGCAACGGUCACAUCGGCGGUUACCGCUGAUCAUCCCGUUGCUGAAAACGGAUAUGACCGGGCCAUAAAGGACUACGUGGAUUUCGCUGAGUCUAAGAGGACUUCGGUCGCUAAAUGCGAAGAACAGCAGCAGCAGCAGCAGCUGCAGAAGAAACAGCAACAACCACCGGGCCCGCGGAAACCGUUGGCCGAGGUUAAGCGCAGGAUGUCGGCGCCUAAGAUCGAGGAGAAAGUCAUGUUGCUCAAGACGUGGUCGCAGUCGACAAAAGACCUGAACACCGGUGCCAGCGAACUGCCCAAAGUGGACAUCGGAAAGCGUCGGGAGAUAUUCGAAAAGAUCUGUUCGGAGACGAAAGCGGCGACCGAAGUGUUGCAGACGGCCGGCAAACAGCAAUCGGCAUCGGCUGGUGCCAAGAAGAAGUCGUUCGUAGUAGCGGCGGCGGCGGCGGCUACGACGACACCGCUGUCUCCCACUCUGUCACCUCCGUCAGCUGCUGUUUGCACUGCUGCUGCUGGUCGGCACACGGUUGAAGAGUUUUCCACGCCCGAAACACCGGCUACCGUGACCGAACCGCCGAAAGCCGCGGAGUUGACUGAUCACCAGCGGACCGUGGUGUACGACAGUAGGAACGAGGAACUGCAGCACCAGCACCAGUACCGUGCGACGACGGAGCAAGUUGAAGCGGCGGCGGACCACGGCGAUGACGAGACGGUCACCCAGCUGGAGGAUGGUACGAUGGCCGAGGAGGAAAAACCGAUCGUGGCGCUGGAAAAAGAACGCGUGUGUUUGGUGGACAACGAGAACGACGAGUACCACCAUCACCUGCAUCACCACAUCCGGCACCAUCAGCAGCUGUCGUCGCUCUCCGAUCUUGUGAGUCGGCAUUCGAUAGACAGCCUGGACCAGGAGUGCGGUCAUACGGCCGAGGACCCGGACGACGGUAACUACCCAGGAUCGUGCCUGAGCGCGGAGGACAGCGGCAUACACACCGAGGACAUGUCGAGUUGCGUGAGCCAAGCCGACGACGAGGAACGUUCCAACUUGCAACCGAGUCCGGUGCAGCAGCAGCCGCAACAACAGCAGCAGCAGCAGCCGAUCGACGUCGUCCAACUGCAGCAUCACGUGGACCACGACACGUACAACAUGGUACUUGAAUUAACACCAGUCAACGCUCUGGAACCACCCAAAGAGAAACCGCCUCCACCGCCCGUUGACACGUGUCCAGACGACGACCAAGCGAAACCUCCUCAGGAGCCCGCCGUGGACAGCCUGGAAUCAGCUAAACGCAUUAAAAAAGAAAUGUGGAUGAAACGUUCUAGUUUCCUUGGUCUAGAAGAAUAUGCCAACGGAAACGCUGGCUACGAACACGACUUAGAGACUCUCAAGUCAAAGCCACCCGAUCUAACGUCGUUUCUAGAGGAAGAACGCCGAUUGGAGAAGCUAUUGUACAGUCAGAAUAAACAGGAACGACCAUAUGACUCCACCAGGAUUUACGAGAACGUCAAUAUACCGUCACAAAAGGUAUACGUAGACGAUGGCGGUGACAGUGAGAGCAGUCAGUACAUGAGAGACAUACUGCAAGUGGAAGAACAGAGUCGGUGCAAUCAGCUGAAGAACAAAGCAACUCAAAACAAUAUAGGCGAAAAAUUGGUGAAAAAAUUAAAAGAGCUCGAGGAAGACCUAAACAAUCAGGAAUGCGCGCGGGUCGGAUCAGCGCACUGGUUGCCGCCCACCCGUCAUUCCAUGCAAGACAUUUCCACUACCGUGGUCACGAACACCGGACCGCCGCCACUCGAUCACACCCAGUCCAUGCCCAACUUGGAGCAACAACCACCCAUUCACAGUCAACACCAUCAGCCCGAUGAUUUCACAUGGUCUUCUCAAGGUCCAAGACCAGCCCAACAGAGUGUUUAUGCCAAAAGAAAGCAAAUUAACAGUCAGUCAGAAAAGUAUAACUAUCAACAUUGGCUUAUUCAAGAAGCAGAACACCGUCGUCUGGUUGAUAGAUGUAACCGCCAAAUACCGCCAGGGGCAAUUGCAUCAAAUCAACCACGUUCGCGUAUCAGGCCAUCUUUACCACCUCCUCCACCACCAUCACAUAACAAAAAACCUCUGCCCGAUUCUGUGAUUAACACUCUAACACAGCGAGUGCAGGACCGUUUGUCAUUUAAUGAUUUUCACAGGCAUGAUCAUAUCGGUAGUGCUCCACAAGAAUCAAUGUUGAGUGUAAGCGGCAAGAAAAAAUGUUCACACUGUGCAAUAGAGCUUGGUCGUGGCGCUGCCAUGAUUAUUGAGAGCCUUCAACUGUUCUAUCAUAUUGAGUGUUUUAAGUGUUGUGUUUGCUGUGUGCAAUUGGGCGAUGGCCUGAUGGGCACUGAUGUACGAGUCAGAAACAAAAAGUUGCAUUGUCACAAUUGUUUUUCAAGUGAUGAUGGUACGUCUUGUUUAUUAAAUGUUAAUCAAGCCUAUUGUUAAUAAUUCAGUUAACAAGUGGUCACUAUGAUUAUAAUAUUUUGCCAUUCAUGUUGUUUACAGGAGUAAAAUUCAGUUGCGUAUAGGAAUUACGUUAAAUGAAAUAGUAAUUUAACAUAUAAAACGCGCAUCCAAGUGUUAAAUCUUUUAAAA